AUGUGGAUUUCAAUUGUUAUAUUUUAUAUUAUAACUUUAUUACUAUCUUUACUAGGUUUACAGUUACAUAUAAAUAUCUUUAAAUAUCCUUUAUAUUUAACUAUUCCAAUUACUUUGGCAGUUUUUAUUCCUUUAUCAAUUAUAUUUUUAUUACCUUUGGAUUAUAUUGGUUUUAAUUACAAUUUAAACAAUAAUAAUAAUAAUUUAUGGUUCAGUUUAUCAAAUAAUAUAAUUUUAUUACUUUGGAAAUUAAAUUAUUGGAUUACUUUUUUAUUAACUUGGUUAAUUUUACCAUUUUUACAAGAAUUUUUUAAAUCAGGUCAAAUUUCAACAAUUGGUAAAAUAAAAGAUUCAAUUAUUUCAAAUUUAAAAUAUCAAAUUAUAUUAAUUGGAAUUUUUAUAAUUUGUAUUAUAUAUUUAUAUUUUGAAAUUGGUUUGAAUUUCACAAGUUUAAAAUUAAUGGUUAUUGCAGUAUCUCAUUUAUAUUCUUUAAUAUUAGCUACUUGGUUAAUGGGUCAUGGAUUAAUUAGUAUUCCAAGAAUUAAAUGGAUUCAAGGUUCAAAUAUUAAAAACUUAAAUUAUAAUUAUUUAAAAAUUCCAAAAAUUUUAGAUGAAUUGGAAGAUUUAAAAAUGAAUUUAAAAGAUGAUAUAUUAACAAUUUUAAAAUUACAAAGAAAUUUAAAUAUAGAUGAUGAAGAUUUCAUUUAUCGUGAUUAUAUUUUGAAUUUAUAUAAUAAAAUACCAAUUGAUUUAAAAAAUCAAGUUGAAAAACAAUAUUUACACGAUACUUCAAAUAUUGAAAGAAAUGAAAUAAAUGAAAAUUUCUUAAUUAAAUUAAGUUCUCAAUUUAAUUUGAAUUUACAUAAAUUGAUUGGAACUGAAUCAGAUUUUAAUUUAAUUGUUAAUAAAAUUGUAAAAUUAGAGGAUAUUCUAAAUUCAAUUACUUUCAAACGAUUAAAUUUCAGAACUGAAAGCAAUAGAGUAUUAAUUAACAGCAAAUUUAAUUUUUAUUACUGGUAUUAUAUAUAUCCUAUAUCAGCAAGAUUAUUUUCAAUUUUACUUGGAUUAUUUUCAAUUAUAAUACUCGAAAGUGAGUUUUUCCAUUCAACUAAAUAUUCAUUAAUUCAAAUCAUUAUAAAUAAAGUUUCACUGUCACCAACUAUACAAUUUUUCACGAUGUUAACAUUAUUUUCUUAUAUUUUAAUAUCUUCAUUAAAUUCAUUAACUAAACUAAAAAUUUUUAAUAUUUAUAAUUUAGUUGCUUUUAAAUCGGAUCCAAUUAGUGUAUGUUGGUAUACUACAUAUAUUGCAAGAUUAACAAUUCCAUUAAGUUAUAACUUUUUAACAUUAUUUAUUAUAAGAAAAUCGAAUUUUGAAAAUUGGUAUGGUCAAUCAAUUCAUUUAACAGGAUUAUUUAAUUAUUUAAAUAAUUGGUUACCAAGAUUAAUUUUAAUACCUGUAUUAUUAGCAAUUUUUAAUGUUUAUGAAAAAUUAAAGAAGAAACUUGGUUUUAAUAAUUUUUAUGAUUCUUGGAUUGAAUUUAAUGAUGAAGAUGAACAAGAAGAAAUAAAUUCAAAUAAUUUAGAAUUAAAAAGAAAAGAUUUAAUUAUUGUUGAAGCAAAAAGAAUUGUAAAUAGAGAAUUACAAAAGAGACAAUUGAAUUUAAAACCAUUUAAUUUAACAAAUAAUAAUAAUAAUAAUAAUAAUGACUUGUUAAAUACAACAAAUAAUAAUAAUUAUGCUGAUUUGAAUUAUAAUAGAAAUCAACAACAAUUUAAUGAUGAAUUAAUGAAUAGAGAUAGAAUAGAUGAAACGAAUUAUGAGAAUAAUAAUUAUGAGAAUAAUAAUAAUGAAAAUUAUCAAGAUGAAGAUGAAGAUGAAGAUGAUAUUUAUUAUGAUGGAAUAAUAUCAAGUAAUAAUAAUAAUAAUUAUAAUAAUAAUUAUAAUAUUAAUAAUAAUCAACAACAACAACAACAACAACAACAACAACACCAAAAUAUAUGGACAAAUGUUAAAAAUUCAAUAGGUGGUCUAUUUAAUAGAAAUAAUCAACCUUAUAGAGAUGAACCAUUAGAAGAAUUUAAUUAUGAUGAUGAUGCAAACGAAAAUUUAAUUUUAUAG